GCUAUUUCGGUUGCGCGUGACGCAGUCCCCAAUUAGGUACAGUCCCAUAAAGAUGUUCCGUACUGCGCUAAGCUUGGCCGCCUUCUGGCUGCCAUUAAUUCUUGCAUCUGCUCCGGUGGAAAUAGUGGAAAAAGUAUCAACCAGUCGUGAUGCGCAUGAUGACAGUCGCUACCUGUUACCGAAAGUGUCGGAACCGAUCAAUUACAACCUUUUCCUGGACAUUACAAACUACGAUUUCUACUCGUACAACGGAACGGUAGAGAUAACAUUUCGCUAUACAGGCGAUCAGAAUCAUUUCUAUCUGAACAGUGAUGGGCUGGUGAUCGCGACCGAAAGCAUUAAGGUGACCGGGCCGGACGGUACCGAUGUACCAGUUGCAAAUGUAAUAUACAUGGAGGAGUUUGAGCAAAUAUAUUUUGGCUUCAGAGAUCGGCUGCAGACGGGGGAGCAGUACAAGAUUGCGAUAAGCUUCCUGAAUAAUAUUGGCACUGAACUGAAAGGAUUGUACAGAAGUAGCUACAAGGCUGGGAACACAACAAGAUAUCUUGCUACAACUCAUUUCGAGUCCACUUAUGCUAGGAGCGUAUUUCCGUGCUACGAUGAACCAUCGUACAAGGCAACGUUCAACGUAAAGAUCCGUCAUCGGUCCGAGUAUAGAGCCCUGUCUAAUAUGCCAGCAAUAAAUAGCGUAACGGUAGGAGAUUAUACGGAAACAACGUUCGACACUACACCUCUAAUGUCCACCUAUUUGUUGGCUUUUGUCAUCUCCGACUUUAAAACGUUAUCUCACGAAUCCGACCGAUUUAGAGUGUUUGCUGCAGAAAGCAAGGUAGCUCACACUGGGUAUGCGUUGGAGUUUCUUGGCAACUCGUUACGUACACUCGAAAACUUUUUUGGACGCCAGUAUCAGCUGCCGAAAGUAGAUCUCAUCGCUAUACCCGAUUUUGCCAUGGGCGCCAUGGAGAACUGGGGCCUGAUAACGUUUCGGGAGCAGUACUUAAUCUAUGAGGAAGGAGUAACGACCGCCCGUACGAAGCAAAACAUUGCUGAUCUCAUUACGCACGAGCUAACGCACAUGUGGUUCGGUAACGAGGUUACUCCCGAGUGGUGGACGUACUUAUGGUUGAGCGAAGGCUUUGCUAGAUACUUUGAAUACUACAUAACAUCACAGCUCGAGCCUACCUGGAACCUCUGGCAGCAGUUCAUCGUGAACAAUGUACACUCGGCGCUGUCACAAGACUGUAACAGCAACAAUCGAAUGAUGAGUUACUAUGCAACGAAUCCGGCGGUACUAAAUGACCUGUUUGAUUACGUCGUGUACGCAAAGAGUGCUUCCGUUAUACGGAUGAUACAGAACGUGAUUGGGUUUGAUACCUUCAGGCAGUCUCUUAACGAUUACUUACGAUCACGAAGUUAUCUCACAACGAGGCCGCAGUAUCUGUAUACCAGCAUUGAAAAGUUCCGUACAGUCGAUCUUCCGGCCAGUGUUGAGGUCAUCUUCGAAAGCUGGGCCAAUACGCCAGGCUAUCCCGUUGUAACGGUGUCCAUCGAUCGUACCACACGAACACUCACUGCAUCUCAGAAGCGCUUUUGGAUGCCGAACGAGAUCGAUACGCCACCCCAAAACAUGUUGUUUUAUAUUCCCGUGAACUACGGCUCCAAUGUACCCACGUCGACCGACUUUGAAGAUACAACGCCUACAUUCUGGCUGACACCGCAGGAUCCUACUGCAACCGUUACCCUUGAGGCGGGAGUCGAGUGGGUCGUAGUCAACAAACAGCAGACGGGGUACUAUCGUGUGAACUACGACGAUGAAAGCUGGCAUAAACUGAUUGAGGUACUAAAUAGUGAUCAGUUUGAGGAUCAGCUGCCCGUAAUCAAUCGAGCACAGCUAGUAGACGAUGUGGCCAACCUUGCUCGGGCAGGUGAAGUGGGAUACGAUGUAGCACUGUCCCUGAUGCAGUAUCUGGAGCGUGAAACGGAAUACAUCCCAUGGGCCACAGCGUACAAUGCGUUGCUGUAUCUAGAUCGGAUGUUCUCUAGCCACGAAGAAUACAGUCGGUUUGAAACUUUCCUACGUACCAUCACAGGUUGCAUGUAUGAAAACAUUCUACUAACUGGCCCGAUGGAUCAAAUCAGCCGACUACAUCGCGGGAAUACCGUGUACUUAGCAUGCUACUCUGGCGUGAAGAAAUGUUUGGAUGACGCGCACGCACUAGCCAAUAAAGCUGUCCAGGAUUCAUCGUUCACCAUACCUGAAGAAGUACAAGCGUCAGUGUUCUGUGCUUUGCACAAGUAUCCAAGCGCAACACUCAACGCCCAGACCGAUUUAUUUGAAAAAUAUGUGACAUCAGCCAACAGUCCCGAGGAUUUGGAUAUGAUUAACCGGUUCCUGGCUAGCGUGGGUUGCGCUCGUAACGAAACUAUUAUGGAAUAUUACCUCACGCUAUUGGCAUAUAAUUAUCCGGGGCUUCCCGUGACGGCCGGACAAAGGAGUCAAAUCUAUCUCGGGCUAAUCAACGGUAGCCCUGGAACGCGCCAGGCCGCAUUGCAGUACUUGUACGAGCAUUUUUCGACCGUCACAUACUUGCUGACCUCCGUGACCCCGAUCUUCACUGAGUUGGGCAAUCGUAUCAAUACGCGAUUACAGCACGAAGUGCUUAAAAACAUUGUGGACGAGUACAGACACAUGUUAACAACGGCAGCGAAAGCCGCCGCAGAUGCAGCCCUUGUGAAAGCCGAACAAAACAUUCGCUGGAUAGAGAAACACGCUGAAAGCAUCACUUCCUGGUUGGUGGAGCAGGACUAUGAGGGAACUACAGCGCAGCCACCCGAUGGUGGAGCUGUUGCCUAUUCCGUAGGUAUAGCUGUUGCAUUCGGAUGUGCAAUUUUGCAGAUUUUGUCAAAUAUGUUGAUUCGUUAAAAAUGUUAUUCAACGUGUAAAUAAACUAUUCUGUAACAGCACCGCCAA